CGCACCCUUCGCACGCACACGACAAAAACACAGCAGCAAGGAGAAGGGGCAGGAGAAGAGUGGUACAAAGAGAGGAAGAGAGGGAAAAGGACAAAGGAAGAGAGGCAGGGAAUAACUGAGAAGAUAUGGUACACUCAUGUGAAAGAAACAUCCCUUCCUGGGUCUCUGUGGGCUCCCUGCUCCUCUCACUCUACUUCCACUCUAUCACAGUUGGAGGAGCGGCCCUGAAGCAGGAGGUAGCACUGGAGAAUGGGGCCACAGUUUUGAAUCACUCCAUGACUUUGGUGCAGCGUAUGGAGACCCUGCUGGCCCUGGGAAAUGGUAGUGAUAUCACCCUGCGGGUGCAGACCAUCAAUACGGACGAGGUGAAGGUGAUCCAGGCCCACACGCUGGUUCUCACCUUACAGAGUGAUGUGUUUGAGGAGCUGCUACUCAACCGGAACACCAGCACUCUGGUUCUGAGGGAGAUGCCCGACUGUGCUGCUGUCUUUGACAAGUUUGUCAGGUAUCUGUACUGUGGUGACAUCUCAGUGCGGUUAGAUCAGGCCAUUCCUCUGCAUAAGCUGGCCAGUAAGUACCACGUGUGGAGCUUGCAGCAAGGCCUGACCCAAUAUAUGACCCAACAUCUGUCUAGUGACUCCCCAGCGGGCCAUGUGGUGGGCUGGUAUCAGUACGCCAUACAAAUUGGAGACUUUGUCCUGCGGGACAGCUGCCUGCAGUACCUGUCCUGGAACCUGUCUUCUGUGCUGCAGAGCGGAGAAUGGGGCUCCAUCAGUGAAGAACUGCUGCUGUCGCUGCUCCAGCGCUCUGACCUCAUUUUGCAGAGUGAGCUGGAGCUCUACGAGGCCCUGGAGGCCUGGAUUAACCAGAAUCAGCCCGCUAGCCCAACAGUGGAGAGUGCCCUGAGGGCUGUCCGAUACGGCAUGAUCCCCCCUCAGCAUCUCUUCCGUCUGCAGAAGCAAUCCCCCCUAAUGCUGAAGUAUUACGAGUCUAUCCGUGAUCUCCUUUACCUAGCCUUCCAGUUCCACUCUGCCUCACCGAUCCAACUGGCCAAGUACUUUGAUGUCAACUGUAGCAUCUUCACCCCCCGUAACUACCUAUCAUCCUCCUGGGGGUCUCCUUGGGUCAUCAAUAGCCCCACCCGUGAUGACCGCAGCUUCAGCUUCCAGACCCAGCUGGGGCCUAGCGGGCAUGACUCCAGUAAGAAGGUGACAUGGAACGCCCUGUUCUCCCCUCGCUGGCUCCCACUCAGUGCCAGGUCCACCUACACUGAGCUGGGUGCCAUGCAGCCCACACGCACAGACGGAGGCCGACCUCGCAUCAUUGUCACACCAGCCACUUCCAGUCCAGACUUUGCCGGUGUGAGCUUCCAGAAGACGGUGAUAGUGAUGGCAAGACAGCAAGGGAAAGUGGUGGUUCGUCACGUCUAUAAUUUCCACCAAAGCACAGAGGAGUCCGGGGAUUUCCUGGCAGAUGCCGACCUGCAGCGCCGCGUGUCAGAGUACCUCAUUGACAGCUCCCUCUAUCUGCACAUUGUAGUCAAACCCCUCUACCAUACUCUCAUUGUUGCCCGGAAGUGAGGGCAGGAAUUUGGUGUCAUCAUACUACCUGUUGUUUGCCCUCCACCCUCACACGCUCCACACUACACUCAUAUCACAGCACCUUGUUAUUGGUCCGGUGUGUAACAUCUCCAUUGUCCAUCGUUUUGUGCAAUUUGUUUUUCGUCUUCCAAAGAUUAAACACGGAGGUGCCAGGUACCAAUAAUGAACUCACCACUCUGACAACAGUCCAGUGGUGGCUCGCAGUGAUUAUCAGAUUUCUUUCACGGGGUUUCCAAACUUACAUGCACACUUUUCUGUACUCUACCUGUUCAGGUUUCUAAUGCGUGGCUGUUUCCUUCGUUGAUUGGUGUUAUGAUUUCAUUAAAUGAACAAAAGUCUUUGUUGUCUGCAUAGGUUUCAAAGAUUUGUUUUAAAUGUUUUCUAUUGCUUUUAUUUUAUGCAUUUCACAAUGGUGUGACUGCAGCAGUGAUAGUGAAGCCCCAUAUUUGUAUCCACAUAGAUUUUUUUUUUUUUUUAUAGUACCACUUCCUAAAAAAUACUCUUCUAUACCUACAAUACCUUUUUGUUUUUUACAUGUCAAAAUGUGUAAGUGAAAGAACAAUCCCAUUACCAAUGUUUCAUUGUAUUCUGUGGCUCACAUGAAUGAAAGAGGGGAUUUUUGAAAUUGACGCCCCUGUGGAAUUUAAUUUAAUUUAAUUUAAUGUUGUUUUUAUUUUAUUUUAAUGUUUAGUGUCACGCAUACCUUGUCAAGCUUUUAAAAAAAGUCACCUCUGUCAUUUUAUCCUGAAU